CUGAUAGCACGGAUUCAGUACGUACUGGGACCUCAAACUACGCGGACUUAUUCGAUAUGUGGCUAUAUAUUGCUCUAGGGCUAGUUGCUUUGGCAUAUAUUGUGUUCAAAAGUUGCAAAUAUGACUACUGGGAGAAGAGAGGAGUGCCGACGGCAUCAGGGAAUGAAUGGUUCUUUGGACACUUCAAGCCGAUUUUUCUGUUGAAGAAACACUUGGUUGAAGUUAUGGAAACUAUUUAUAAAGAAUUUCCUGAUGCACCAUUGGUUGGCUACUAUGUGAUGAAUGUCCCGACUUUGAUGGUCAGGGACUUGGACACCAUUAAAACGAUCCUUAUUUCGGAGUUUUCAAGCUUCAAUUCUAAUGGAAUGAAGUAUGACAAGAAAGCCGACCCACUCGCUGCAGCCCACCCAUUCUUCCAAUCUGGAGAAGAAUGGAAAACUACCAGGGCCCAAGUAACGCCAUCACUGACUCUGGCCAAGCUGAGAGGCUACAUCCCCAAUAUAUUCAAAGUGGCAGACGUUAUGGUCAACCAUGUGAAGAGGAGCAAAUCAAAAGAAAUAGAGACACGAGACUUGGCAAUGAGGUAUGGUACGGAUGUCAUCGGAAAUGCCAUAUACGGCAUAGAAAACAAUUCGUUUGAAAGUGACGACUCACUUGUUUCGCAUUUAACAAGAGAACUCGAGUUUGAGAGCUCUGUUAAAGAGAACAUUAAGCUCUUCUUAAAAAACAUGCCAAUAAUAAGUUGGUUGUUCCCUGCAAGAUUGGCAACACUAAAUCUCCAACACAUGAUGGUUGCGAUGACCCGCAAGAUAGUGAAACAGAGACUAGAGACCGGUGAAAAACGAAACGAUUUGAUUCAACUGCUUCUAACGCAGAAGGAAAAUGAUACAAAAGGAAUAAUUACAGAUGAAUAUAUGAGCGGACAAGUAUUCGUGUUUAUAAUAGAUUUAUACGAGACUGGAAGUAACGUCAUAGCAAUGCUUUUAUACCUACUUUCGAUACACCCUGAAAUCCAGGAAAGACUCCGAACUGAAAUCAAAGAUAUAAAAGCAAGAAACAAAGGAGAAUUCACCGCUGAAGAUAUUGAAGGCGCAAAAUAUCUUGAAAUGGUGUAUAACGAAUUGUUGCGGCUGUUCAACUUUUUCCUCUCUCGCGAAUGUACCAGAGACUGUCUCGUACCUGUGCCAGGAUCUGAACCCUUCAAGAUAACCAAGGGUACAUCCGUCGCUAUACCCACAGGGGCCAUACAUAAGGACCCCAAAUAUUACCCGGACCCGGACAAGUUUGACCCGGAGAGGUUUACUGAAGAAGAGGUGGCUAAGAGACCGAAGUUUACAUAUAUGCCGUUUGGAGAGGGACUUAAAAAGUGCAUAGGUGCUCGCAUGGUGACACUACAUAUAAAGAUAGCGCUUAUCAAGAUCCUCGACAACUUCAAGUUGACUCCUUCACCUAAAACGAAGUAUCCGUUUGAGAUAGACCCCCGAUUUACGCUUACUCUUCGACCUAAAGGCGGUUCUUGGAUUAAUUUUGAACCAAUUAAUUAGUAACAGAAAAGCAGAU